UCAUUAUUCUAUGCCGUACCAUUUUGCAUUUAUUGACGCUAAUACGGUAUAAUUAAAACAAUAUCAAAUAAAACAGCUACCGUUGAGUUGUUGAGUAUUUAUAAAAUACAAAUUACUUUUUUUUUAAAAAACGAAUUAUUUAAAAAAGUAAAAUGUAUAAAGUUCCUCAGAAAGUACAGAAGGUUAUGGUACAGCCCAUUAACCUUAUCUUCCGACACUUGCAAAAUCGUGCUAAAGUACAAGUAUGGCUUCAGGAGAAAAUUCAUUUAAGGAUUGAAGGACAUAUCGUUGGUUUUGAUGAAUACAUGAAUCUAGUCUUGGAUGAAGCUUGUGAAGUUAACACUAAAGUUGAUUCACGUAAACCUGUUGGCCGCAUAUUAUUGAAAGGAGAAAAUAUUACAUUAAUACAAAAUAUGACUCCAUCUAUAGGAUAAAACAAGAAAACUGAAUAAAAAAAUUACUUUAAUAUAUCCUUUGUAAUAUAAAUUUAUAAUAAAUAUCUUAAUAAUUACAACUUAAACAAUUUAUAA